GUUUAUGCUAUACACUUGAGCCGAACCAAACGUCAACAAAACUAACCUCUUCAUAUAACGAAAAUUCCACAAAAAUUCGGCAUGAUUUGAUGAAAAACGCUCGAAAAAUGUAAGAAAACUGUGCGAGUUUUGUGUCUGCCGUGCGUGUAAUGAAAGAGUGCGAAUAGACGCGUUGGUGCGGUGCUUGUGUCGUGCGAAUUUCCGCGUAUAAAUGGAUGAUGGUGCGCCGAAGAGGGGCCGCGGACGUGGACGCGGCGCUCGGGGCCGGGGUCGCGGUCGCGGAAGAGGCCGUGGACGAGGCAAGAAAGCCAUCAAGAUCAUUGAGAGUGAUGAGGAACUGGACACACCGAACGACUCCAUCGAGGAGCAACAAGUUCCUGCGAUCGAGACUGAAAACAAUGAGAACUCAACAACUGAAAUUGACCUGGAGGCUGAUAUUUCACAACUGGAGGCGCCGACGUUCACGACUAUUAAUAGAGGUCCGCCAGAGCCAAUGUUGCGACUCGAUUGGAGCCACAAGGUGAAUCUCAUCGGCGAGAAGGUGCUCAAUCCCAUGAUACACUGCUGUGACAAGUGCUUGAAGCCGAUUUUAAUUUAUGGACGAAUGAUUCCUUGCAAACACGUUUUCUGCCACGCGUGCGGAAAACAAGAACAAAAACAAUGUCCGCGAUGCCUAGACAAAGUCUCCAGGGUUGAACAGACUGGUCUUGGUACAGUGUUCAUGUGCACACACGGUGGCUCGCGCUACGGUUCCAACGGCUGCCGUCGCACGUACCUCUCACAACGUGAUCUGCAAGCCCACAUUAACCACCGCCAUGUUUCACAGGCCGCUAACAUCGAACCAGUGGAAGCCGCCGCGCCUCCACCGCCAACCACAGGUAUUCCAGGUCGAAUCAAAGGUAACGAUCCACGUGCGGCCAUUGCUGUAUCAACCAACGUCCGCCAGCGUUCAAAUGUUCCACCACCAGGAGGCGGUGCUGGCAUGCGCACCAAUCUCAUCACUGUGCCCAUCCAAGAUUCCGCGCCGUGCGAACCACAAGGACAGCAGCAGCAGCCGCCCACGCAACAACAGUCGUAUUACGGACAGUAUCAACAACAUCAACAAAACGCAGGCGGUGGAUAUGGACAUGGACAGACCUCGCUGCCACCCAUGCAUAUACCACCUCCGCAACAAAAUCAGUACUACCAAGGUCAUGGCUACGGUGGUAAUCAUCAAGGGCAGAAUUAUCAAGGGUAUGGAAAUCAGGCACCACCACCGCCGCCACCAUCUGCGCAAUACGCGCAGCCGCAGGCGGUAGGAGCGCCAAAUAACCGCAACACCCAGCAGUACGAUUACAGUUCGGCGCCGCCGCAACAAUGGACUAACAAUCAUUUCUAUAGAUAAAGAUAAAACGUUAAGUUAAGUUACUAAACCAGCAACAACAAAAAACAAUUUUGUUUGACAUUAUUACGUAAGUGUAAGAGAAUGCGAUGUUGAAAGUGAUGAGUUAAAUAAUUCGAACAAAGCUAA